UCCAUCGGUCUGCUGACUGUCAAUAAGCCCCGAACACCGAACCCCGCUGCUGGAGCCCUCGGACCGGACCGGACCACUUCCUGCCGCCCUGCGCUGCUACCCGGAGAGCGGAUCUCUGGCAGCAGCAGCCGUUGCUCCUGGUUCCGGUGUUGUCCGGUCAGCUGGUCGCGACCACCCAGAGCCGAAGCUCCCUGAGGCGGCCUUCAGCCCCGCAGCCCCCCGGAGAGCCAUGGACCUGCUGGAUGUCGCCAUGCAGGGCCUGGCCGUGUUCGGCCUGGUUCUGUUCGCCGUUUUGUGGCUCAUGCACUUCAUGUCCAUCAUCUAUGUGCGUCUUUACCUCCAUAGGAAGAGGUCAGAGGUCAAGCAGCCGUUCCUGCAGGUAGCUGGAGUCUCUCUGCUGAAACCACUGAAGGGGGUCGACCCGAACCUCAUCUGCAACCUGGAGACCUUCUUCACUCUGGACUACCCCAAGUUUGAAGUCCUGCUCUGCGUUCAGGAUCAGGACGAUCCAGCUGUUGACGUCUGUAAGAAGCUGUUGGGUAAAUAUCCUAACGUGGACGCUCGUUUGUUCAUUGGUGGGAAAAAGGUUGGAAUCAAUCCAAAGAUCAACAACCUGAUGCCGGGAUACAAUGGAGCCAAAUAUGGGCUGGUGUGGAUCUGUGACAGCGGCAUCAGAGUGAAACCGGACACCCUGACGGAUCUGACCAAUCAGAUGACAGAGAAGGUGGGAUUGGUCCACGGGUUGCCGUAUGUUGCUGACCGCCCAGGCUUCGCCGCCACUCUGGAACAGGUGUACUUCGGGACGUCCCACCCUCGCUCGUAUAUCUCGGCCAAUGUGACGGGGAUCAAAUGUGUGACAGGGAUGUCGUGUCUGAUGAGGAAGGAUGUUCUGGACCAGGCAGGGGGGCUUUUGGCGUUCGCUCAAUACAUUGCAGAGGAUUACUUCAUGGCUAAAGCAAUUGCCGACAGAGGCUGGAAGUUCUCCAUGGCAACACAGGUGGCAUUGCAGAACUCUGGUUCGUACUCCAUUGCACAGUUCCAGUCACGCAUGAUAAGGUGGACCAAGCUCAGAAUCAACAUGGUUCCAGCAACUGUCCUGGAGCCCGUCUCAGAGUGCUUUCUCGCCAGCCUCAUCAUUGGCUGGGCUGCUCAUCAUGUCUUCAGGUGGGACAUGAUGGUGUUCUUUAUGUGUCACUGCCUCGCCUGGUUCAUUGCUGACUACAUCCAGCUCACUGGAGUCCAGGGCGGUCCCCUGAGCUUCUCUAAGCUCGACUUCGCCGUUGCGUGGUUCAUCCGGGAGUCCAUGGCCGUGCAGAUCUUCCUGUCAGCUCUGUGGGACCCAACCAUCAGCUGGAGGACCAGUCGGUACCGGCUGCGUUGUGGUGGCACUGCUGAGGAGAUCCUGGAUGUGUAGUUGCCACGGCAACCGUAUCGUUACAAAGAGGAGCAGAAAGAGACUGAUGUUUUAUACCAGAGGACACUGAAGCGUGUGUGUGUGUGUGUGUGUGUGUGUUAUUACCUAUUUAUAUUUCUUUUGGUGCUACAGUUGAAUUAUAGGAGAGCUAACCAUCAGGGUGCCGGUCGGAGGAACAAACAGGAAGCUGCUGCGCGUGAGGCGUUGCACUGAGUGAUCUGAUCUCUGACAAUAAGAGCUGGGACAAAGUCAGCCAAUCAGGACACAGCAACAACUAAACUUUACUCCUAACUAGCUCAAAAGAAACCACAACAAGCAGAAUCUCCACAACUCCUCAACUUGUGUCUUAUUUUGAAAGUCACAAGAAGUCUGCUGAGUGGUUCUGUUUGAUCAAAUGUGAUUGGCUGAUCUGACCGUUGCUGUUAAAGGGAUUCAAACCUAAAAUUGUUUGCUAGUUUUGCAUCCACACCAUUCAGCAGAUUUUAUUUUGGAGGAGCACUUGUCCCCAUAAACAUCCUGACCCUCUUGGACGCGAGGACUCUGACGAGCCUGAGGUUCAGACCUUCACAAGUUCAUACAAAACCUGCACUUAAUUUAUUUAGUUUCUUGUUUCAACAAACUAAUUAAAGCAACUUUUAUUAAAACUUAAAACUAGCAACUAAAUCUGGAAAUGAGUGGAAGUCCUGUCUGAUGAGGUCAAAAAAGAAAGUCCCAACUUUGACUUUAAAGUUCUGUUCCUCCCUAAAUUAGACUGAAAAGUAAAUAUUAGAUUCUAGAGCUGACCAAUCAGAGGAGAGGGUCACCAUUAACAAAUUCAAGUAUUUAAAUGCUGAAACGGUCAAAACAUUUCAACACAAAUGGACCAAAACAACACAUUUCUCUGUGUGUGUGUGUGUGUGUGUGUGUGUGUGUGUGUGUGUGUGCGCGCGCGGCCUGUGGAGGUUUGGGUGAUGACUUCCACAGUCGGAUGAACCUCUGUAUGUUUUAUUUGUUUCUUGUUGUUAUUUUGUAAAGAUGUCUGCUGUAGUCUGAACUGACCAAUCAGAGUAGAGGAUUGUGCCAACACAGUAACGAAAACAUUUUCAGUGAAAUCUGAGCUGAAAGGUCCCGCUCUGUGAUAGGACAAGCUGUGGGUGGAGCUUAAAUAGACAGCCCACAGCCAUUGGUUGUUAGAUUUAUUUAUUCAGUGAUUCAUGCUACUUCCUGUCACACGCAGAAUAAAUAGAAUCAACACGUUC